AAAUGGUCUAAAUAGCAGUGCUUGGUUAUUGGGAACAGUUGAGAUAUUAAAAAAUACAGCUUAUGUCACUUUAUCAGUGCGGGACUAACAAACCAAAGUAACUUGCAAACCCACAUUUAUUUCCUGAUAUGUCAAGAAAUGCAGCUGGGACUACCAGAAAAAUAUAUGCAAAACAAUUGCAUAAUGCUAUAAUGUCAUUAUUAAAUCAUUAAAAAUUAUUACAAAAAUUAAAUAAUAAAAUAAAUGUAACUGCAAUGCAUAAAGUAUACAAAUGACGAAGCAAAGCAGCAUCAGAAGUGUGUUUAAACGGACUCAGAACACCAUAUAAGAUAUUAUAAAUAUAAAACGAGCACUCAAGGUAGAUAAAAAAAUCGUUGAUCAUUGCCAUUCAUAUUGUAAUCAUUUUUAUUAAUGUCAAAUAACAGAAUAGUAGAAUUCGUGCAUAUCUUUAACACAAAAUAAAAAAAUAAUAAUAAACAGAGAUAAUUUACGUCAGACGUGUGGUCACCUCUAUUAAAUUAACUACCAAGAGGAAGAAAUUGUUAUUUAUGGUUACCCGAUUAUACCAAUCAAGCUGAUAAGUGUUUUAGAUGCUAUUUUAACUUAUGCAUUAGUAAAUUAAGUUGUCUUGUGGCAAAAUAAACAAAAUGGUUAUUUAAACCGGAAAUAAAUUGUAUACUAGCAGAGAAUUGUGGGUAAAUCGAGUCUAUUCCAUCAGAGUCGCGCUGCGCUUCCCAGUGGGUCGCGCUGCUCUGAUGAAACUGGUCAGCGCUGCGCUAUCCAUCGGGUGGCGCAAGUAAACAACUCAUCUCUGCGCUAUCCACGCGCGGCUCUGUCCAUUGGUCCGCGCGUAUAAUUGGUCCGCGCAGCGCGGAUCAAUCGAGUGGCGCAGUUUCGUCCUUCUUUUGAGGAGAUCGGCUUCCCAUAAAAGCCCCGUGAAGUUGAAGACACCUUACAUUGCAAGUCCACAAUGAAAUCCCUUACAUGGAUCCUAUGCACUGUUGGUUUGGUUUUAUGUGCAGCUGAUCCAGACAGGGCCACAAGACCUAAUUUUGUCUUGAUGAUGGUGGACGAUUUAGGAAUUGGAGAUCUUGGUUGCUACGGGAACACAACCCUUAGGACACCUCAUAUAGAUCGACUGGCCCAGGAAGGGGUAAAACUGACCCACCAUAUAGCUGCUGCUCCCCUAUGCACUCCCAGCAGGGCGGCGUUCCUCACAGGCAGAUACCCCAUCCGAUCAGGUAUGGCUGGGCAUGGCCGAAUUGGAGUGUAUCUUUUCUCUGCAUCGUCAGGAGGUCUUCCCCUUGAGGAAAUCACCUUGGCCAGGGUUGCUAAAGAGCAAGGCUAUGCUACAGCUAUAAUUGGAAAGUGGCACCUGGGUCUCAACUGUGAAAACAGUGCCGACCACUGCCACCAUCCCACCUCUCAUGGCUUUGACCACUUCUAUGGUAGCAUUAUGACGAACCUCCGGGACUGUCAGCCUGGACAUGGCACAAUCUUCAGUAUCAUCCAUGAUCACAUUCCCUACAAAUACAUUAAUAUUGGUCUAGUCUCCCUGGCUUUACUCCAUUUUAGAGGAGUGAUAACGGUGCCCAGAAAGGUAGUUUUUGGUUUUCUGGCCCUGAUAGGGAUGCUGGUCAUUCUCUUUGAGCUAAUGGUGUACACGUUCCCAAAUUUUAAUUGCUUUCUAAUGAGAGGGGCGGAGAUUGUGGAGCAACCAUUUAUAUCAGAAAAUCUCACACAGAGGAUGACUCACGAGGCGAUAGAGUUUAUGGAAAGAAAUUCAGAGAGGCCGUUCUUGCUCUUCUUUUCAUUCAUCCAAGUCCACACUGCACUUUUUGCAUCUCCUCGCUUCAGGGGCAAAAGCCAACAUGGUCUUUAUGGUGACGCUGUCAUGGAGGUGGACUGGAGUGUAGGUCAGAUCAUGCAAACUCUUGAGCGCCUAAAAUUGAAGGAAAACACUCUGGCGUAUAUGACCUCGGAUCAGGGGCCACACCUGGAAGAGAUUUCCAUCCAUGGAGAGGUGCACAGGGGUCACAACGGAAUAUACAAAGCUGGCAAGUCAACCAAUUGGGAAGGUGGGAUUCGGGUACCGGGGAUUCUUCAUUGGCCUGGAGUCCUACCUGCAGGGAAGGUCAUUGAUGAGCCCACUAGCAACAUGGAUAUUUUCCCCACCGUGGUGAAUUUAGCUGGUGGUUCUGUACCCAGCGACAGACACAUUGAUGGCCAUGAUCUCUUGCCACUGUUGCAAGGGCAAGUGAAACGUUCUGAACAUGAAUUUAUGUUCCAUUACUGCAAUGCCAACCUGAACGCUGUGAGAUGGCACCCAUCAAACAGUAGUGCAGUCUGGAAGGCCUUAUUCUUCACCCCUAACUUCUACCCAGAGAACAGCUCGGCCUGUUUCCACACUCAUAUCUGCUUCUGCAUUGAGCCUUUUAUCACAUACCAUGAUCCUCCGCUGCUUUUUGAGCUGUCAAGUGACCCAUCAGAGAGCACCCCCCUGACCCCAGACACAGAACCCAAGUUCAACUCAGUUCUAGAGGCUAUAAAGGGAGCGGUAAGCCAUCACACCCAGAGUCUGAAGCCUGUCCAAAUGCAGUUUUCCCGUGGAAACUUGAUCUGGAAACCCUGGCUCCAGCCUUGCUGCUCGUCUCUCAGUCAGCUUUGCAGUUGUGAAAGAGAUCAUCAGACAGGGAUGCCAAAUCAUGAGGUUCAAAAAGAAUAACAGCUUCAAGAAAAUUUAAUGGUAUUGAAUUUUAUUGAAAACUGGUAACAACUCAAUGGCCAUAAUACUCUUAGA